CCACCUCACAGUUCUCCUGUCAGCAAACCCUCCUCAGCUCUUGCUAACCUCUCUGGCUGCCAUCAUCUUGACCACACUUUUUAAGCACCAGUGUCAUCUUGACCAAAGAGGAAACCAACAAUGUCUGGCAUCAUGAAGGUGUUUCUGCUCAUCGCUGUCAUGUUCUGCAUCUCUGAAGCCCAAUUCAAUGAGAAAGGACAGCAGUGUCUCUGUCAGCGUGUCAAGAAUGCCAUCAUUUCGAGGGCUGCGAUUAAGGAUGUCCAGAUCUACCAAGCGACCGUCUUCUGUACCAAAGUCGAGAUUGUUGUCACCCAGAACAACGGCUUUCGCUAUUGCCUGAACCCCCAGUUGAGGGCACUGAAGAAACUCAUGGACAACAUCAUCAAGAAGCAGAAAUCCUCUACAGUCUCACCAUCUGAUCUGACUUACACUGCAGGCAGCACCAGCACAGCUCGCAACUAACUGACUCUGUUUUAACUUACGGCCCGAGCAAGAACCUCAUUCGAUCUCUGACCUUCUCAACAAAAGCACCUUCAACAAAUAUAGAUGUAAAAUGAUUGAAACUUUUUGUGUAUUUAUCUUCUAUUUAUACUGAUGUGCACUUACAGCAUAUCUCUAUUCUUUGUGUUCUGUUUUUCUGAUAUGCUUUUGUAUAUAGAUGUAUGUGUUGUAGAUUUUUCAGAAUUUUUGGUACCUUUAAUUUUUUUAUGACAAGAAGAAAAAUAAAAGAAAGUCAUGAUGAGA